GCGAAGCAUCAGAACUAAAGCAAAAUGAAAGCUACUUUGGCAUUAACAUUGCUCCUGAGUUACUUGACAGCAUUUCUAGUGACUGGCGAUGCACCUGAUAUCGGCAAGGUAACAACUGCCUGCUUGAACGAGAAUGGAGUGUCGGCUCAAGAUUUUGCCGAUUUGAAGUCUGGGGCAACCAAGCCGGAAGAUGUCAAGGACAAUGUUAAAUGUGCCACACAGUGCAUGCUUGUGAAACUCGGAUUUAUGGAUGCGCAGGGUAAUGUUUUGACUGACAGCAUUAAAUCGAAAUUCGCAAGUUCUCCAAUGGCAAGCGCUGUAAAUACGGCUUUGGCUACAUGUGGCGGUGUCAAAGGCGCCAAUCCCUGUGACACGGCCUUCCAGAUCAUGGCCUGCCUUCAAAAGAAUUCCCAGGCAAUAGCCAGCAUGAUGCACUCCUAAAAAUGGCCACCAGAAUGACUUGACUAUCAUCACAAAUGUAGAAAUAGAAAAUAUAUCCUUAGAUGUUUAAAAGCAGA